AUGAAUGUGGAAUCUCAGGGGAUACGACCACGCUUUCUUUGUCAUUCGGCUUUGUUCUUAAGGCAUUUUUUCUGUGCUACUGUCACCUUCCUUAAAAAUAAGUCCUCCUCUUUUUCCAUUCAGCAGCACUUCACAUUCCUUUUAAACCUGUUCGUUUUCUUGCUGCUCACAAUUCGUUUUCCUUUCUUUUGCAUGCCCUUUGCCCGCUGCCGGUGCCUCUGCCCGCCGCCUCUGCCGCUUGUGCCGCCUGGCCAGGGCUGCCUAUUCGACAAGGUGCUGGUUUACAAGCCCGCCACCAGCAAGCCCGCUAACUCGGAGGUCUAUGUGGUGGGCAAGGGCUUCAGGGGGGUGCCCACUGAGGUGCUGGAGCUGCUGCUGGGGAACUGCGGCGAGGACAUCUUCACUGGCAG